GUACACACGGGCGGGCGCGCGGGGCGCCGGGUGUCGGCUGGAGACUCCGCGGGAGCGCGGCCGGGAGGCCUCGCCCGGGAGCGGGCCCGACGCCUCCCGAGCUGGCAGGGCUCUCGGCGGAGGUCGGAGCGCGGGCUUCCUCCUCCCGCCAGGGAAAACAGAGAGGAUGAAAGCCUAUCUAAAGAGCGCAGAAGGCUUUUUUGUCCUAAAUAAAAGUACCACAAUUGGAAGGCAUGAAGAUUCAGACCUUGUUUUACAGUCUCCUGACAUCGACAACCACCAUGCACUCAUCGAAUAUAACGAGGCGGAGUGCAGCUUUGUUCUCCAGGACUUCAAUUCCCGCAACGGCACGUUUGUCAACGAGUGCCACAUUCAGAACGUGGCUGUGAAGCUCAUCCCUGGAGACAUCCUGAGAUUUGGGUCUGCAGGGCUGACCUAUGAACUGGUCAUUGAAAACCCACCUCCGGUCUCCUACCCAUGGAUGAGGGGCCCAGCACCAUGGCCAGGGCCACAGCCACCUCGUGCCACACAGCAGCCGAACCAGGCCCCCCCGCCGCCACGUAUCCCCUUCCACCAAGGCAUCCAGCCAGCACUGGUGCAAAGGAGCUGGUCCCAGGGCUUCCCCAGAGCCACUGUGUUCCUGCCGGCCUCCCACCGGCGGCCUGUGAGCGCCAGCAAGGAGACGUUCUCAUUCGUGGUGGACGACACCCGCAAGCCCCCCGUCAUCAAGCAAGUGUGGACCAAUGCCAUGAAACUGUCGGAAAAAUCACUGGCCGAGGGGAUUUCUGGGGCGGUUCCCCCCGCGGAGAUUUAUGUGGAGGAGGACUCGGCCCAGCAGGACAAGGAUGAAAUAAUUCUGCUGCUGGGAAAAGAGGUCAGCCGUCUCUCAGAUUAUGAAAUUGAAUCCAAAUACAAAGACGUCAUAAUAGCAAACCUGCAGAAUGAAGUGGCUGAGCUGAGUCAGAAGCUGUCGGAGACCACCACCUCCAGGCAGAAUGAGAGGGACAUCUCACAGAAGUGUCAGGUUCUGGAUGAAGACAUCGAUGCCAAACAGAAAGAGAUCCAGAGCUUGAAAAGCCAGAUCAGUGCCCUGCAGAAAGGGUACAGCCAGGUGCUAUGCCAGACCCUGUCGGAGCGGAACUCAGAAAUCACAUCCCUGAAGAACGAGGGGGAGAACUUAAAGAGGGACAACGCUAUCGCAUCAGGUCUGCCGUCUUCUCCAGGCCGCACCUGGCACUCAUCAGCAUGUGGGCUCCUUGUGACCAAGGGUAUUGCUCAUUGCUCGGUGCUAACGGAAGAGUUAAAACAGGAAGAUGCUCACAGGGAGCUCAGGAAAGCUCAGGAGAAAGAGUUAAAACUCUGCAAAACUCAAAUCCAAGACAUGGAGAAAGAAAUGAAGAAGCUUAGGGCGGAGCUGAGGAAGAGUUGUACUGAACAAAGCGUGAUCUCUAGGACUCUGAGAGAAAAGAGCAAGGUUGAAGAGAAGCUUCAGGAGGAUUCCAGAAGGAAAUUGCUUCAGCUGCAAGAAAUGGGGAACAGAGAGAGCCUCAUUAAAAUCAAUUUGGAGAGGGCAGUAGGUCAGCUGGAGCAUUUCAGAAGUCAAGUCAUCAAGGCCACCUAUGGACGGGCAAAGCCAUUCCCAGACAAGCCCGUCACCGACCAACAGUUAAUAGAGAAAAUUGCCCAGGUCACUGAGGACAACAUCAAUUUUCAGCAGAAAAAGUGGACCCUACAGAAAGAAACCCAGCUGAGCAGCUCCAAGCAGGAGGAGACCACCGAGAACAUCGAGAAGCUGAGGAUGUCGCUGGACAGCUGCCAGGCUUGCAUGAAAAUGUCUUGUUGCACCAGUGACCUGAAGAAGGAGGUGGACCUUCUUCAGCACCUCCAGGUGAGCCCACCUGUCUCGGGGCUCCAGAAGGUGGUGCUGGACGUCCUGAGGCACGCCCUGUCCUGGCUGGAGGAGGUGGAGCAGCUCCUCCGGGACCUUGGGAUCCUGCCCUCCGGCGCUCACAAAGAUCAAGUUCAACAGUUCUCAGGAAACUCAGCAGUCUUUACUGCAGGAAAAGCUGCGGGAGCAUCUGGCAGAGAAGAAGCAGCUGAACGAGGAGAGGCUAGAGCAAGAGGAGAAGCUGAAAGCCAAAAUCAGGCAACUGACGGAAGAGAAGGUGGUAAGGCUUUGGAGGAGUGCAUUACGCAAGAGAGAAACAGAGCACAAGAGACUUUGGAGGAAGAACGGAAGAGAAUGCAAGAGCUGAAGAGCCUCCUGGCCCAGCAGAAGAAGGCUUUGGCGGAAAGCAUUACCCAGGAGAAGAACAGAGUGAAGGAAGCGUUAGAGGAAGAGCAGACAAAAGUCCAAGAGCUGGAGAAACGCCUGGCCCGCCAGAAGGAGGUUUUGGAGAGCAGCGUAGCCCAUGAAAAAAGAAAAGCAAAGGAAGCCUUGGAGUCAGAAAAGAGAAAAGUUCAGGAUCUGGAGAACCACUUAACCCAACAGAAGGAGAUCUCAGAGAGCAGCAUUGCCUACGAGAAACGCAAAGCAACGGAGGCCAUGGAGAAGGAAAAGAAAAAGGUGCAAGACCUGGAGAAUCGCUUAACCAAGCAGAAAGAGGAAUUAGAAUUAAAAGAGCAAAAAGAGGAUGUUUUAAGUAAUAAAUUAAGUGACGCACUAGCCAUGGUUGAAGAGACUCAGAAAACAAAGGCAACUGAAAGUCUAAAAGCAGAGAGCCUCGCCUUGAAAUUAAAUGAAACAUUAGCUGAACUGGAAACUACCAAGACAAAAAUGAUCUUGAUGGAGGAGCGGCUAAUCCUGCAGCAGAAGACGGUAAAGGCCGUCCAGGAUGAGCAGGAAUCACAGAGACACGGGUUUGAAGAAGAGAUCAUGGAAUAUAAGGAGCAAAUCAAACAGCACUCCCAGACAAUUGUGAGCCUCGAAGAGAAACUCCAGAAAGUCACUCAGCACCAUAAAAAAAUAGAAGGCGAGAUUGCAACAUUGAAGGACAACGACCCGGCCCAAAAGGAGGAAAGGCUGCAAGACCCUCUGGUGGCUCCCACGACGGACAGCAGUGCCAAAGACAUGGCGUACGAACACCUGAUAGAUGACUUAUUGGCUGCUCAGAAGGAAAUCCUGUCUCAGCAGGAGGUCAUCAUGAAGUUAAGGAAAGACCUUACAGAAGCCCACAGCAGAAUGUCGGAUUUGAGAGGGGAGCUAAACGAGAAACAGAAGAUGGAACUGGAACGGAACGUGGCGCUGGUCCAGCAGCAAAGCAAGGAGCUGAGUGUGCUCAAGGAGAAGAUGGCCCAGAUGAGCAGUCUGGUGGAGAAGAAAGACCGGGAGCUGAAGGCCCUCAAGGAGGCACUCAGGGCUUCCCAGGAGAAACACAGACUCCAGCUGAACACAGAGAAGAAACAGAAGUCCCAGAAGAAGACCCAGACGUGUGACACCUCUGUGCAGAUAGAACCCGUCCACACCGAGGCCUUCUCCAGCAGCCAAGAGGAGCAAUCCUUCAGCAAUCUAGGGGUCAAGUGCAAAGGGUCCCGGCACGAGGAGGUCAUUCAGCAUCAGAAAAAGGCCUUAUCUGAACUUCGAGCGCGAAUUAAAGAACUAGAGAAGACGCAUGCACCAGAUCAUAAAGACCACCAGAAUGAAUCCUUUCUAGAUUUAAAGAACCUCAGAAUGGAAGGCAGUAUCCAGAAAAUACUAUUGGAUGCAAAACCAGAUUUGCCAGCUCUCUCAAGAAUGGAGAUCCUAGCGCCUCAGAAUGGCCUUUGCAACGCAAGGUUCAGCUCAGCCAUGGAGAAGUCAGGGAAGAUGGAUGUGGCUGAGGCUUUAGAGCUCAGUGAAAAGCUGUACCUGGAUAUGAGCAAAACCCUUGGAAGUCUGAUGAACAUCAAGGACAUGUCCGGCCACGUGUCCAUGAAAUACCUCUCCCGCCAGGAGAGGGACAAGGUCAACCAGCUUCGACAAAGGGACCUCGACCUGGUAUUUGAUAAGAUCACCCAGCUCAAGAACCAGCUGGAGAGGAAAGAGGAGCUGUUGAGAGCAUACGAAAAGGACGUUGAACAGCUCAGGCGGAGCAAAGUGUCCGUUGAGAUGUACCAGUCGCAGGUGGCAAAGCUGGAGGAUGAUAUCUACAAAGAGGCCGAAGAAAAGGCCCUGCUGAAGGAGGCCCUGGAACGCAUGGAGCACCAGCUGUGCCAGGAGAAGAGGAUCAACAGGGCCAUCCGGCAGCAGAAGGUUGGAACCAGAAAAGCCUCCCUAAAGAUGGACCAAGAAAGAGAGAUGCUGAGAAGAGAGACCUCCAGCAAGUCCAGCCAGAGCCUUUUGCAUUCUAAGCCCAGCGGAAAGUGCUAGAGAAACCUCGUCCCACGAGGCCUCGUGUGAUCCUGUGUGAGUUCAUGUGACUCUUCUGUGUCAUCUGUGUCAAAAUACUGAGUUGCUUUUGUAGGACUUUAAAGAUUGUUACCCUAGUGUUUCGCUUUCUAGACUGGUAUUUUGAACAGUGUUGUAUUUUGGAGUGUGUGGGGAGAAGCGUUCUUUUUAAAAAAUGCCUAUGAAUGUACACGAACUCAGGUAUAUGAAGAAUAGAAGUGUGUGACCCAGAUGUCCAGGCCUGGUAGAUGUAAUUAUGUGGUUCCACGUUGGGUCAUGAUGUUCCCAAAUAUCAAACCUCCUAAGAGUUCCAACAGACUCACACUGGAGAAAACCUAAGACUUGUACUGGAGCCUCAGGGCAAAAUUGUAGCCUUGGAACUAUCAGGGCCUCGGGAUAGUGAAUUCAAAUCUCAGUUAUGGUCUGGCAGGAUGGCUCAUGCCUGUAAUCUCAGCACUUUGGGAG